AUGAAAUUGUUUCUGCUGAUUUCUUUGUUAUUCGUGGUGAAUGUUGAGUCAACAUGGAUGAAAUACCCAACGCUGAUGAUCCGAAAGGCUCAACACAUGUUGAACUUGAACGAUAAACUCCCGGCACCAAAUGCCGAUGCUCAACUGACUCGUGGGAAUCUUCAAGAGUCUCGUGUCGAGAAGAUGAAAGCUGAGGAUUAUAUUGAUGACGAGGAAGGAGCUGAAGAAUUCAUUCGAGCACUUGGAGGAAGCUCAAAAUCUCUUUUGGAGGAUUUCGAGAAGGGAAAACUUGAGAAAAGUCGACAGGGAAUCGUCGUGAAUGGAAAUCGAUAUGAGAAGACAUUCGAUCAGGAUACUCGAACAAUGGACACGAGCAUGUUGAAGCCGAUGCCCGCGAAAGUGUGGGGAAAUGAGGAAAGCACGGAGGUUGAGCUCGAGAAUCGUCCAUCUUUCAUUGGAGGACUCCUAAAAUCGGAGAAAGUCUACAUGCACAAACUCACUGAACGUGACUGGGAAUCGGACGACUACGAUUUCAAGGAUUUACCCGAAUCAUUCGACUGGAGAAACGUGAACGGGACCAACUAUUGCUCACCAAACAGAAAUCAACACAUCCCAGUUUACUGUGGAUCGUGCUGGGUAUUCGGAACAACAGGCAUGUUAAACGAUCGCUUCAACGUGGCAAAGAAGGGGAAAUGGCCGAUGACAAUGGUUUCGCCACAGGAGAUUAUCGAUUGUGGUGGUAAAGGAAACUGUCAAGGAGGGACAGUUGGUGAUGUGUUGGAACACGCAAAACUGAAUGGGCUUGUUGAAGAAGGAUGCAAUGUGUACAGAGCAGUGAAUGGAGAGUGCUCACCAUUUCACCGUUGUGGAUCGUGCUGGCCGGAUCAUGCUGGCGGUUGUUUCCCGUUAACGAACUACACUCGUUAUUAUGUUAAAGAGUACGCUCCAUUCAACGGCACAUCUGUGGAGGACAUCAGGAAUAAAUUGAAGGCUGAGAUCCAAGCUCGUGGACCGAUCGCGUGCGCUAUCGGAGCAACGAAGAAAUUCGAGUUCGAAUAUACAAAAGGAGUGUAUUUUGAGGAGAGCAAUCUUGAGUCGAACCACAUUGUGACUGUUUCUGGAUGGGGUCGAGAGGAUGGAAACGAGUACUGGAUUGUGAGGAACAGUUGGGGCGAUGCGUGGGGAGAGACCGGCUGGUUCCGUUUGGUGACAUCAGCCUUCAAGAACGGCUCAAACUCUUCGAAGACCGGAUGGAAGGAAAACUUGCCAAAAACCGCUGUACUAGAGAUCUACAAAGAUGAAUCUCUAUGCAACUUGAAGACGUCAAUCGUUUUGGAGGAGAUUGCCGAGUACUUUUUGGGAUAUAAUGUUCAUCGAAAAUCUCUAGCCAAAUACCCUCCAUUACCGCCCCAUCGAAAACCCCAAUUUCUACUCGGUUUACGACAAAGAAAUGCCUCGAAAAUUCACUGGAUUCACUUCCUAACACGAGACGAUUUUGAGAAAUGGAUCCGAACCAUGGCUGAUCUGUUGCAGCAAUUGGGCAAAGGAGAAGCGGCAGUGGCAGUGCAAAAAUUCAAAGCAAAAUCUAGACAUAACAAUUUCUCGCGAACUCAUCAACAUCACACCGAUUACCCGAAUGAAAACUUUGCAAACAUUUUUUCGAUGUUGAUCUGGGAAUGUGAUAGUUUGGAUUGGGGUAAUAAUUGGCAUCACAAUCAUCACUGUGACCCUCAUCAUCAUUGUAAUCCGAAUGAAAAUGAUCCUCAUCAUCAUUCUAAUCCGAAUGAAAAUGAUCCGCAUCAUCAUCAUCAUCAUCAUGGAAGUGAUUGGCCAAACGAUAACUCACCUCAUCACCAUCAUCACAACAACCAUGUCAAUGAUGGUGGGACAUGUGUGUCUUCUUUCAAACAUGAGACUUCAUUUCAUCAUACCGAUCACUCUUUUCAUCACACCUCGGACAAUCACACUUCUUCAAAUGUGGAUAGCGGUUGGAGUAGUGGAGAUGGGUGUGGUGGAUGGGACAGCGGUGGUGGUGGCUUUGAUUCAGGAGGCGGCGGUGGAUGUGACUCGGCAAUCACUUGUCCGUGCCAUUCGCCUUUGUAUAUGAUCAAUAUUCUUCAAGAGAAUAAAGUCGAUCUUUGCAAAAGCAACAUU